AUGGCCAGCAUCGGCAAGCUGUAUGGCAUUCCGCUCGCGCCCAAGGUGCUCCGCGUUCGCGCUGCCGCCAAGGUGAAUGGUCUGAAUCUCGAGGUAGUUGAGACGGCUGCUGUGAAGGACUCGUACAAGCCCGAGUUCACGAGCAAGUUCCCUCUCGGCCAGGUGCCAGCCUUCGAGGGCCCCGACAACUUCUUGCUGACUGAGUCGCGCGCUAUUCUUCGCUAUGUCGCCAAGAUCUCGGACAACAACCACCUGUUCGGCACCGAUGCCAAGUCGGAGGCCCACGUUGACCAAUGGAUCAACUUUACGGAUGAAAUGCUCUUUGGCAAUGCCGUCCAGCUUUUCUGCAUCUUCAACAAUAUUUUGCAGUACAGCAAGUCGAUUGAACAGUUCUGCUGGGCUCGUCUUGAGAAGGGCCUGACGUACCUCGACAACUACCUCGUGAAGCACACGUUUUUGGUGGGUCACCGCCUCACGGCUGCUGACAUCGCCGUGGCUGUAGAGCUCUACGACCUCUUUGUCCGUUACCUUGGUCCGCAGGCUCGUGGCAAGUACACCAACGUGCUGCGCUACUACAACACGAUCGUGAACCAAAAGGCGCUGGACGGUAUCAUCCCAGUGAACGCAGAGUUUGCGAAGGAGAACGCCAAGUUCGUGCCUCCGAAGAAGGAGGAGAAGCCCAAGAAGGAAGCUGCUGCUCCUGCUCCCGCUGCCGCUGCUGCUCAGCCUGCCAAGCAAGAGAAGCCUAAGAACCCGCUGGACGAGCUGCCCAAGUCGUCCUUUGUGCUUGAGGAGUGGAAGCGUGUGUACACGAACGAGGACACUCGCUCCAAGGCGCUGCCGUGGUUCUACGAGCACUACGACAAGGACGGCUACAGUAUCUGGCGCUUCGACUUCAAGUACAACGACGAGCUCACUCAGAUCUUUAUGAGCAACAACCAGAUCGGUGGCUUCUUCAACCGUCUCGAAGCCAGCCGCAAGUACGUCAUGGGCACGGCUGGUGUGUUUGGUGAGAACGGCAACAACCUGAUCUCUGGUGUGAUUAUUCUCCGUGGCAAGGAGUACGAGCCUGUGCUCAGCGUGGCUCCCGAUCUGGAGAGCUACGCUGUGACGCCGCUCGACCUUGAGAAGCCCGAGGACAAGAAGUUCUUCGAGGACAUGCUUGCCUGGGAAGCUGUGAUCGACGGCAAGUCGUGGGCCGACGGCAAGAUGCUCAAGUAG